UUUGGGGCCGACAUCGACCUGAGCAAACUCACCUGGAGCUCACCGAGGACGAGGUGGAGAGGGUGAUCACCAUCAUGCAGAACCCCCGGCAGUACAAAAUUCCUGAUUGGUUCCUCAACAGGCAGAAGGACGUCAAGGAUGGAAAAUAUUCCCAGGUUUUGGCCAACGGCCUGGACAACAAACUCCGCGAGGACCUGGAGCGCCUCAAGAAGAUCCGAGCCCACCGCGGCCUGCGCCACUUUUGGGGGUUGAGGGUGAGGGGUCAGCACACCAAGACCACCGGGCGCCGCGGGAGGACAGUGGGAGUGUCCAAGAAAAAAUGAGGAGAAAAAGGGGAAAAUCGGGAAAAACGGGAAUUUUUGGGAAUAAAAGAGGAGUUUUUGUGGAGC